CUUUCAUGAUCAACGAGUUCAGUAACACCUGUGACUAAUAACUCGUGCCAUCACUGCCUGUUGCGUCCGUGGCUAGGUUGAAGACCUAGUUGUUUUCAUUUAUGAAAAUUACAAAAAACUGCCUCAUUUCAUAGACCUAAAUAACAUUAUCUUCAUUGGACAAAUGACAAUAGCAACGUCGUUUCAUCUGCCAACGCGUAAAGAAUGAUGCGGAUCCGUUCCAACGUUCUGCAUAACUGAGAAAUGUUUCCGCAUAUUGAUUAUAUUUCCUCCACGAAUGUAGCCGCGUCCUCAAGAGAAUCCCCCAUUAAGUUUUAACCACGACUCUAUGAUUGGCAUUAGUUGAUUCAGCGUCAAGAAAUUGUUCUUAGAAAGCGCUGGGUGGUUUUGGACAACGCUAAAUGACUGCCGAUGGACUCAUUGCUCGUGUUAACUGGUUUUGAGUCACUGGCAUCUCGGGAGGAACAUCGCGCGGCGCGCUGACAGAUCUCGGUGAUACUGUGGUGAUAGUCAUUGCGAUGUCCACAAAGAAGGCAUCGUUGAAGGAUAAAGAGACUAAAAACGGAACAUCAAAAUAUGUGUUGGAGAGAUGCGCCUCGGUUUGCGAGUAUUUUGAUAUUGCCUUCAAGGUGAUGCUGCUGGGAGACUCUGCGGUGGGGAAGACGUGUGUGCUGGUGCGCUUUAAAGACGGGGCCUUUUUGGGAGGCAACUUCAUAGCCACCGUGGGAAUAGACUUUAGGAAUAAAGUUGUUACGGUGGACAACGUGAAGGUCAAACUCCAGAUCUGGGAUACUGCAGGACAGGAGAGAUUCCGCAGUGUCACGCAUGCCUACUACAGAGACGCACAGGCCCUCCUCCUGCUCUAUGACAUCACCAGCAAGUCAUCCUUUGACAACAUCAGGGUGAGAAACCUAUCAUGUCACUCUUCACUCCUCCUUCUUAUCUCCUCACGCCUUCUCAUAAGCCCCCUUUUAGAGAAUUCCUUUUACAUGCCAAGUAAUAUAUGGCCUCCACAUUACAUUACUGAAGUGACCUCCACAAUGACAUUUCAUGACAUUUCCAAGAAGCCAUUAUUUAAGUUUUUGAAGGUUUGGGGAUAAGGGGAAGUGCAGCGCAGAAUGGAG